AGCAAAGCACAGAACGAGAGUCCAACACAACCGAGAUGACUAGAUGGACGGUAGCAAGCCUCUGUCACGCUGUCACUGGACCUGCGGCCCAAUAGGUGUGCACGAGACUCAAUGCUGGGCUGCAUAAGGGGUUUACAGCAGGCACCACAGAAGAUCCCGCUUGUCACAGCAAAGGUCGACAGCACUUUUUACUGACUGUGACUCCAAAAAGCUCAUUGCAAUUUUUUUCUCCAUGGCGAGCAGUUGGGUUUCUCUACUGGGAACCAUUUGCAGCACCGAGACUUUGCUCUUGCUAUUUUCAAUAUUGUUGCUCCGGGGGCCUCUUUGCAGCGAGAGCGGCCCCAUCUCCAACACCGACCAGAGGCUUCGACCCACUCCGGGACUGGGAAGGGCAGCGGACCCGUCCCAGUUGGAGCAGGAUAACAAUCUGAUCAUGCAGGGUGUGCUUGAGAACCUGAAAGAACAGUUCCUGCAGAAAUUCAACCUGUCUGGCCUGGGUCCACCUCCACUGGCACCUGGAAGUGUACGAGAGGAGCCACCGGAGUACAUGAUGGAGCUCUACAACCGCUUUGCCAAUGACCGCACGUCUGUGCCCAGCGCCAGCAUCAUCCGCAGCUUCAAGAAUGAGGAUUCCUCUUCAAGCACUGUAGAUGGUGGGGGAGUGAGGCGCCACCCACUCCUCUUCAAUGUGUCAGUCCCCCAUCAUGAACGCAUCACCGCGGCCGAGCUCCGCCUCUACACGCUCGUCCAGACCGACCGCCACCUGUUCGCCGGUGUCGACCGCAAAGUCACUAUCUAUGAACUGAUACGUCAUGACCGAGAUGUCAACAGCACAGAUGAGAAUUUGGAGAAAGGAGACAACUUCAGUGGCGGAAAGGAGCAUAUGGAGCUGGUGGAGUUGGCUUCGAGACAAGUGUAUGGCACUGACAAUGGCUGGGAAGCAUUCAACCUCACUGCUACUGCCCAGAGGUGGCGUAAAGCUGAGCACGGCACCACACAUCGUUUGGAGGUGCACGUUGACAGCAUGGCUGGUGAGGAUGACACUCAACGUGUAAACAAACCGAAACAAAAAUUGGAUAUUGAAGGAGACAUGAAGAUUGACACGAACAUCAAGGAAAAACACAAACCCCUGCUGAUUGUUUUCUCUGAUGAUGAAAGCGGCGACCAUCGAGAUGACAAGCAUGAGCUGAAUGAGAUGAUUGACCACGAAACCUCCAACGUAAUCCUCCAAAAUGACUUGUGGGGCGAGCGAGAGCGGGAUGAGUCUGAGCCAGAUGAAGCUGACCUGAUACAAAUGCGCUCCAAUCUGAUCUACGACACAACUUCACGCAUCCGUCGGAACGCCAAGGGAAACCACUGCAGGAGACAACCUCUGCACGUAGAGUUCAAAGAUAUUGGAUGGGACAGUUGGAUCCUGGCACCCAGCAGUUACGAUGCCUUUGAGUGCUCAGGGAUUUGUUCGUUCCCCUUAACGAAGCACGUCACGCCCACGAAACACGCCAUCGUCCAAACGCUGGUGAACAUCAACAGUCCUCAGAAAACAGCGCGAGCGUGUUGCGUGCCCACCAAGCUGGAUCCCAUCUCACUCCUGUACCUGGACGACACAGGCGUGGUCACGUAUAAGCACAAGUACGAAGGCAUGGCUGUGGCUGAAUGUGGCUGUAGAUAGCUGAAUUUUGAAAGGGGAGCGGGGGGGGCAUAAAAUGACCGAAAAGCUGAACGAAGCUGAGACAACAAUAAUUGGACUCUUUGAAAGAGAUGGGACCCAAUGGGACUGAAAGUGCAUCUAACCACUAUUUAUAAAGUCCUGUGUGGCUGGACUUUGUCCAUCGAGACAGAAAAGACGAUAUCUUCUUACAGGCCUCAAGUCAGUGAAUGGUAGCUGCCAGACAGCGGAGAUCAGGUCAUGCUGCAAGAGUGACGUCCAUUUGUGUCUUUUUGCCAGCGUGACUAAAAGUUACAAGAAGUUCUUAAAGGAUCUAACUAAGCACAUUCUGCAGUGUAUGCAGUGUUUGUGGGAACCAGUGGGCCAGAGGUCCCCCCUCCCCCCUCCUGCUCCAUCCCCCUGACAUGUGUUUUCCUCUCCACUUAUCUCCGGCCUGCCCACUCGAUGCAAACACUAAUCAGCACUUCAUGCACCCCGCCACAGCGAAAUGACCACCUCGAGGCAAUCUGACAAGACUUGAACUCUCCAGGCUUGCCUCCUGCAGGCUCCUGAUACGUAGGCACCACGCAGGGGUCCCACUGGCGGGGUUAUCUAUACCAACCCGGUUUCCCACUUCACAUGACACUUUUCCACUGCGCACACACACACACACACACACACACACACACACACAAAAGCUGCAGUGAUAGCAAGGUGUUUGAGGCUGAGAAACAUGUAUUCCACGAAUCAAACAUGGACGUCAUUCCAGACGAUUAUUUGAGGUGGCGGUAUGAGGGUUGACCACAUUCCUGCACAACUCACAAUGUUGGCUGUCUCAACGAGCUGACCUGGCACCUCCUGUUCCUCAUUUGGGUCAUCCAUCAUUUUUAAUGUUAAAAUUGCCUUUUUUUUGGGGGGAUGUUUAUCAUACGUGGACCAAAGUCGGGGGCAAAAAAAGAAGUUCUCCGGAUAAAGCCCAAGAGAAAAAAAGUGUUUUCUGUUGUAAUAAUGCUUUUGAUAACUGUGCUGCUUGUAAUAAAUACACUACUAUUUAUUGUUCUAAUUUAUUAUUUUUUUUAUGAAACAGAUCAUUCAUACCGCGGACAAAUUUGGGACUGUUGUGACUUUUUAUUUGUUGGAUGGGUAUAUUUCAGCUGAAAAUGACACAAGAAAGUGGCAAAGGGUGAGAGACCCUUUUGUUUUCAAAUUUAACCAAAUCAUAUAUGUUCAUACAGUUUCCCAAGACAUGCAAACCCAGUGCACUACAUUUGCAACGAUUUAAGAUGGCAGAUCCUCAAAAUCAGAGCUCUGAAUAUAUUUUCACUUUUGUGGCUCAUUUCCAAGAAAACCAUCCAACACAUAAAAUGAGAUCGAGUCAAAUUUGUCCGGGAUAUGAAUCAAUCUGGCCUUAACUGUAUAUAUGCAUGUAUGUAUAUGUUCCAUGUGACAUAAUGAUAAGCAUGUUUGAUGCUUGGAGCAAAGCAUUUAGACCUUAAAACAAAAUGACAAAUUAUAACAAUGCAUACCUAAUUAAAGCCUCUUUAACUUUAAGUUCACCAUGAUGUUGUUCAUUUGAUUUUGCGUCAUUUGAAUAUUCAAAAUUAAGACGAGGCUGGGGUGGAUUUUAAACUAAGGAGCCCUCUUAAUUGUUAAGGAUCAUUUGGCCCGCUUCCUCUCCAUUGCUUUCUAGAUCCAACGGUAUCAGCGCAUAGGUCAGAGUUCACGCAUGGCUUCCAAACAAAGAAGCAUGGGAAAGUGAUUAGAGGGACUGCUGAUGAAGAAAAUGGAUAGUGUGCUGCUCACACUGACACUGUGAUGCAAAACCUGUUCAUGAGGCUGAAAAAUGAUUUCAUGAUUUGAAUGAAGACGACGUUGCUGUCAAAAUGUAGGAUCCUGACAACAGAUUGCAAUAUUGUCUCACUCUUCAUGUA